AUGAAGAAUGAUGACAUCAACAAAUUGGGCAAGGCAGCCAAGCUCAUUGAACGAAUGGUCCACCAGAAUAGAUUUGAUGACAUAGCACAAGAUUUCAAAUACUAGGGCCAACAGGGGACUAUUUUCCCUCUGUGGGAAUUCCACUAUGACAAAUCAAAAAAACUGUCUGUCACUGCCCUCUGCUGGAAUAAAAAAAAUAUCCAGAUCUUUUUUUCCGUGGGACUGGGAUCAUACAACUUCACCAAACAGGGGCGUGGCAUGCUUGUCUUCUAUUCAUUGAAGAACUCUACCUUCCCAGAGUACAUCUACCCCACCAGUUCCAGCGUCCUGUGUCUAGACAUCCAUGAGCAGCGUUCUUACCUGGUGGCAGUAGGCUUGUAUGACGGCUCUGUGGCUGUCUAUAACCUGAAAAGGGAGGGACAAGAGCCAGUGUAUAAGAGCACAGCUAAGACUGGCAAGCACACAGACCCUGUCAGGCAGGUGUGCUGGCAAAAUGAUGACAUGGAAAAUAACCACAAUUUCUAUUCUGUGUCAUCUGAUGGCAGAGUUGUGUCCUGGACACUCAUCAAGCACGAGCUGCGUUUUACCAACAUUAUCACACUGUCACUGAAUGCUGAGGACAAGCCAAGCGCACAGCAGGCAAGCACAGCCUGUGGAACAUCUAUGGAUUUCCAUAAACAGAUUGACUAUCUCUUCCUCGUUGGCACAGAACAGGGGAAGAUACACAAGUGCAAGACUUACUCAAGACAGUACCUGGAGACCUACGCUGCCCACGACAUGCCAGUGGACACUGUCAAAUGGAAAUACUUCCACCCAAACGUUUUCAUCUCCUGCAGUUCAGACUGGCCAGUCAAGAUCUGGGAUCACACCAUCAACACUCCAAUUUUCACCUUUGAACUGAAAGCAGCUGUUGGUGACGUAGCCUGGGCUCCAUACUCCUCCACUGUAUUUGCUGCUGUCAACACAGAUGGAACAGUCCAUGUUUUUGACCUCAACAUCAACAAGGAUGAGCCCCUCUGCCAGCAGGCGGUGAUGGCCAAACAUAGGCUGACUCACAUUGAGUUUAAUCCCAUCCAUCCUAUCAUCAUCGUGGGCGAUGUCUGAGGCGAUGUCGCCAGCUUCAAACUCUCCCCUAACCUCCGCCAGAAACAGAAGAUGAAGAAGGGCCAGGAGCAGCCUGGUCCAGAAGUGGAAGUGGCCAAGAUGGAGAAGCUCCUCAGUCUGAUGAGGGGUCCAGAGCUGGAGUAACCUGGCUUAUUGCUUAUUUUUGUUGUUCUGUUGUUCUGUUGUUCUGUUGAGAUGUGCUACUUUGCCACAAUAAAAUGCUAC